AGAGGAAAGGAGAAGCUUAGACUUAUUAUGUGGGGGAAAUAUUGGCCAUGAAACGGAUUACUUGACACGUGGAAAAAAGCUAUUGGAGCAGUGCAGAUAAGGAUAUCCAACCAUGAGCUUCAAAUCUAUCCUUGUUUUGUGGUGCAUGGACAACCUUUGCACUGAUAUUAUUAUUUUGACAACUUCACCUACGCUUUAGUACCCCUGUCACAAGUGUAGUUUGAUCAUACUCCAUAAUUAAACACACUUACAUAACCAAAACAAAAAAUGGCAACCAUCUCAGCUACCACCACAACCGCAUCCAUUGCCCGUGCAUGUAUUGCACAAAAGCGACCUCUCGCAGUUUCAUCCUCUCCUGUUCUUGGAUUGCCAAGAAUGACGAAGGUAGGAAGAGUGAGGUGUUCCAUGGAGGGAAAGACUUCUUCUGUUGAGAAAAACAACAACUCAAAGAUGGGAAUGGGAGCAUCUUUGGUAGCAGCUGCAUGUGGUGCAGCAAUGUCAAGCCCAGCAGCAAUGGCUUUGGUGGAUGAAAGAAUGAGUACUGAAGGAACAGGUCUUCCUUUUGGACUCAGCAACAACCUUCUUGGUUGGAUCCUUUUUGGUGUGUUUGGUCUUAUAUGGGCUCUUUAUUUUAUUUAUGCUUCGAGUCUUGAAGAGGAUGAAGAGUCAGGAUUGUCUCUCUGAAGCAUCAACUUGAAUCAUGGAUUGUAGAAAGUCCUCCAGUUAUUUUCUCUUAUAUGAUAUGUAUGAAACAAACUUGUAUUGUUCAUAACCUCUUCUUUACUUAAUCUCUUAAUCUUCUUUGCUUCUUUCA